AUGGUCUAACGCGGGUGCCAUUGAGUGUAUGUAGAAGUCCUCGCCACCGGUGUUGUACCGAAAAAAAGCAUCCCUGCCGGCAGGAGUGACACUCGCUGCUAGUAGCUAAAGCAGCUAGCUUUGAGCUUUUAUCAGCAAGCUUUCUAAAUAGUAGUACUUUGUGAAGUCGCUAUCUGUGAAACGGCUGAACCCCAUUUCCCCUCCCACCAUGGCUUCUGAUUUGAUGGAGAUUGACGACUCUCUCUACAGUCGCCAGCGAUAUGUGCUCGGAGACCGUGCUAUGCACCAGAUGGCCCAGUCCUCAGUCUUUCUCAGUGGAAUGGGAGCAAUGGGAGUGGAAAUAGCAAAGAAUAUUGCCUUGGCAGGUGUAAAGUCAGUAACGCUUCAUGACACAAAGCUGUGUGAGACCUGGGAUCUUGGCUCCAACUUCUUUAUUCGCAGAGAUGAUGUAUCGAGCCAGAGGAGGAGGGUGGAGGCGGUAUGCCCUCGAGUAGCUGAGUUGAAUCCUUACGUCCAAGUCGACGCAUCUUCCGUACCCCUGGAUGACAACACGGAUCUCAGUUUUCUCAGGAAGUAUCAAUGUGUGAUUCUGACUGAGGCCAGUUUGACCCUACAGAAGAGAGUAAAUAAGUUCUGCCACUCACAACAACCCCCCGUCAGGUUCAUCUGCUGUGAUGCCUACGGCAUCUGUGUGCGAGUGUUUUGUGAUUUUGGAGAAGAGUUUGAGGUGUCUGAUCCCACAGGAGAGGAGCCCAAGGAGAUUUUUAUCCAAAGUAUUACUCAGGACAAUCCAGGGGUGGUGACCUGCAUGGACAACCAUCCCCACGGCUUACAGACAGGCCAGAGUGUUGUGUUUAGAGAGGUCGGAGGCAUGCUGCAGCUCAAUGGUUCCACACGACAGAUUACAGUCCGCUCCCCCCACAGUUUUGAAAUAGGAGACACGUCGCAGCUCCCGACAUACACACACGGAGGCUUCGUUGUUCUGCUGAAAACCUCAAAGACGUACACGUUUGGAACGUUAGAGCAGCAGCUGUGUGAUCCUCAGGUUCUGAUCCCAGACUUUAGUAAACCAGAGGCCCCGCUACAGAUCCAUGCCGCCAUGUUGGCUCUGGACCGAUUUCAGGAGCAGCUCUGCAGACUCCCCAACGUCGGGUGUUUACAGGAUGCUGAUACUUUAUUAAAGCUGACUGAGGAGGUGAACACCACCCUUAAAAACAAGGCUCCUGUAAACUCUGAGCUGGUGCGAUGUUUGUCCAGGACCGCCAGAGGAACUCUGGCUCCGUUAGCUGCAGCUGUGGGAGGAAUAGCCAGUCAGGAAGUUCUAAAGGCUAUCACAGGGAAGUUUGCACCUCUGCAGCAAUGGUUUUAUCUGGACACCUUGGAGCUCGUCAGGCCUCUCCAGUCUCUUCCCUCUGAGGAGUUUUUUCCACGAGGCGAUCGAUAUGACGGAUUGAGAGCUUGUAUUGGUGAAUCCAUGUGUCUUGAUCUACACAAGCUCAGGGUCUUUAUGGUCGGUUGUGGUGCCAUCGGUUGUGAGAUGCUUAAAAACUUUGCUCUCCUUGGUGUGGGAUUGGCCAGCAGCUCUGGGGAGGUGUGCAUCACUGACCCAGACCUCAUAGAGAAGUCAAACCUCAACAGGCAGUUUCUCUUCAGACCCCAUCACAUCCAGAAGCCAAAAAGUACGACCGCAGCAGAAGCCACGCGGGAGAUCAACCCAGAGCUGCAGGUGGAGGCUCACCUGCACAAGGUGUGUCCAGCUACUGAGAACAUUUACAACGACUCCUUCUACUCCACGAUGAACAUCGUGGUCACUGCGCUGGACAAUGUGGAGGCGAGGAGAUACGUGGACAGCCGCUGUGUGUCCAAUCAGAGACCUCUUCUAGACUCGGGUACCAUGGGAACUAAAGGACACACUGAGAUCAUUGUGCCAAACUUGACCGAGUCUUACAACAGCCAUAGGGACCCUCCAGAAGAGGAGAUCCCAUUCUGCACUCUCAAGUCUUUUCCCUCCGUUAUAGAGCACACCAUCCAGUGGGCUAGAGAUAAGUUUGAGAGUGCGUUUGUCCACAAGCCCUCCAUGUACAACGCUUUCUGGCAGAUGCACCCUUCAGCUGAAGCGGUGCUCCAUAGGAUGCAGGCUGGGGAAAGUCUGGAGGGGUCAUUCCAGGUCAUUAAGCUGCUGAGUCGACGGCCCAGUCAUUGGGAACAGUGCAUCGCUGCAGCCCGUCUGAAGUUUGAGAAGUAUUUCAAAAGAAAGGGCCAACAGCUGCUGCACUCUUUCCCUCUGGAGACGAGACUAAAAGAUGGAAGUUUGUUUUGGCAGUCCCCAAAAAGACCCCCAACACCGAUUGAGUUCGACUUGAAGGACCCGUUGCACUUCAGCUUCAUCAUCAGCACUGCACGGCUCUUUGCAGACAUUUAUAACAUCUCUUACUCCGUGAAGGAUCUUUCUGAAGAGGCGGUGUCAAAGAUUCUCUCAGGUGUCAAGAUUCCCGAGUACAGACCUUCAGAGAAAUGCAUAGAAACCGAUGAGUCAGCAAAGAAGCCUGACCAGCUGAAGAUGCCUCUAAGCAGCGAAGAGGAGAGGGAGGCCAUCACACAGCUGGAGCAGGCCAUCACCUCCAACAAGACCACGCCAGAUGGGCUGCACAUGAGUUCCCUUCAGUUUGAAAAAGAUGAUGACAAUAACGGCCACAUAGACUUUGUCACGUCAGCGUCCUCCCUUCGAGCCAGAAUGUAUUCAAUCGAGCCAGCUGACCGACUCAAGACCAAACGUAUCGCUGGGAAGAUCAUCCCUGCUAUCGCCACGGCGACGGCUGCUGUGGCUGGAAUGGUGGCGCUGGAGUUGAUCAAGGUGGUCGGAGGCUAUGGGCUGGAAUCUUUUAAAAACUGCUUCUUUAACCUGGCCAUUCCGGUGGUUGUUCUCACCGAGCCCGCCACGGUUAAACACACCCUGAUCAGGAACAACAUUUUCUUCUCCAUCUGGGACUGCUGGACCAUCUUCGGCCACGAGGACUUCACUCUGUCUGACUUCAUGAGCGCUGUCAGGGAGAAGUAUGGGAUUGAACCGAGCAUGGUUGUUCAUGGGGUGAAGAUGCUUUAUGUGCCUGUGAUGCCUGGACACUCGAAGAGACUCAAGCUCACGAUGCAGAAGCUUAUCAAGCCAUUAGCCGGACGCCGCUACGUUGAUCUCACCGUGUCAUUCGCUCCAGAAUCAGAUGGGGACGAGGACCUCCCUGGUCCUCCUGUCAGGUACCACUUCAGUCCCGACGGGAAGGCGCCCUGACAGCUUCAGAGAAACCUUCAAACCUACUGUGUCCUUAUUUUUCUUCUCUCAUGCAAACCAUUAAACCCCAAAACCGUAGGCAUGGGUGUUGGCGACGCCCGCAGCACAACCUGGUGUUUCUCUUGCCUCACAUCUAGCCGGUGGAACACAAGGAUGCUUGAGUAGCACGUAUUAUCGUACCUCUGUACAUAUUAUUUGUUCUGGUUUAUUUCUUACUCUUGAGACUCGCAGCUCGGCCUGUGUUGAUGCCUUAAUUGAAAACUUUCUUCUUUUUGCAGCAGCAGUGCUGCCAAAAAACAACAUGUAAAAGCGAAGUGGUAUAGACAUUUAUGUUGAUCAAGACAAACUUUUUUCAGCUUUCUCUUCAAAUUCACUUUGAAAAUCAAACAUGUCAUCUUCCUGCUCAGAACAGGCCAGUUCUCUUCUUUUAGACCAAGCCGUUUAAGGGUUCAUCAGCAAAACGACCAAAGAUCCUGAUCGUCAGUGUGUCUGCAGAUACAUGUUCUCCUAUCAGUUAGCCUCGUGUUUACGUCACAGCUUAACAUUACAGAGCAACCACACAUUGGGUGGGUGCACGUCUGACGGCUCAGAAAGCAGUUUUCUAUCACGUUACACUUCAGUCACAUAAUGCAUCCAGUGUGAGGAGCUGUUAAUGAGCAAAAACACCCAACUGGAGCGGCUUCUUACCUACAGUAAGUAUGUUAUACACUGACAUUAUUAAAUACAUGUUGGCUCUCAAGUUCAUUGGAUUCAAGUUCUGCAGAUGUUUCAUGGAAGGAAGGCAGCAACAAAACAUCUGCAUGCACACUCCUGUUUUAAUUUAUCUGUACCGUUGAGUUUGUUUAGAGAUUUGUUUGUGGUGUAUUUAUUUACUUUUGGUGUCAAACUGAGCCUGUUGAUGAGCUCCGGUUGAUUCUGUUAUGCAGGCAGGGUGACCGUUCCUCAUCUAGUUCCACUUGAAGGUUGCGAAAAGGGGUUUGUGAAAUGGUCUGUGAUGGCUGAUGUUCUACAGAUGUUUGUGUAGUUCUGAACUGAGUCAGAGGUCAUCCUGAGUUCAGCUUUAGUUUUAAACAAAGAUGAGUCAUCUGCUCCGAACGACACAUUCAAGGCCAAAUUCACAAAAUGUCUCAUUUAUUUCUGUGCCCAUAUUUAAAGAUGUUUUUAUUCAAACUGCAGGUUUCUCCCAUGUUGAAUCUUCUUGUGCAGUGAGUGUCAUCAGUGUAUAACCGUGUUCAUAUGAAAGAUCAUGUUUGUUCACGUGACAACCAGCCCCAGCGACGGGCCAAUAAAAUGUGAUUCAGGACGAA